AAUUAGAACUCUAUUAUCUGACAAUUAAGAGUCUCAGUGCCUUUACUAUUAAAGCACUACUACUACUACGAAUACCUACGAACCUAAGCAAAAUACCGCUGUCGCAAAAACAACGCGACGACAACAGCCAAAAUGACGACGCUACACAACCGCGAUCCAACAAACAAAUGCGUGCCUUUACGCGUCUGGCAUCUGUUCGACACGAAGCAGCUAUCCCAGCCACUUGUCGAGCCACGCGCGAUUACGCGUCCAGAGAUUGACGGCUAUCAGCCCUCAACCGCCGCGACCAACGCGUACACUACCCAAUACCAACUGGAUUACCCACUUGCUACAACAAUACCACCUUUUGUCCCCGCUCGCGUAUCCGACCUCUCUAACACAGGAAAGGCGUUAUACAAAGAGGACGUAGAGGACUUUAAGGGAAGAUUUGAAGCGUACAAGAUGGAAGACACCAAGACUACUGUGUCUGCACACCUGUUUAACAACUGCUGCAAGCCCUCCCAGCCAUACCGAGACUGGAUCACUAAGCUUGCCGCGACUGUAGGCGUGCGAGCAGAGGACGAGCUUGAUAAAGCACGAACGAGAUACCACGAAGCAAUGAAGCCAAUGAGGGUAGUCACCCAAUGGGACACCUGGCUUACUGAAGUCGAUCACGCCGUUACUGAAGGUAGAGCCACUGGAGUACCAGAGUGCCUGAAUGACCAGUUCAUCAAGAAGGACUUCGUAUCAUCAGUAUCGAAGCACUUCUCUACCUGGACGACUUCAUUUAUCGUACAUGGGCUCCGCGACGCCACAGUUACUGCCACGGAGAUGUUCCUUCAGUUUAGGCAGAACGCCGACCUCAUGCACCCAACGAAGAGCCGAUCGAACAAGGCAGCCUUCGCCGCAGGAGGACCAACACUGGAUAACGAAGAACCAGACAAUGAGAAGAAGAGAGGAAGGGGACGCAACGCACAGAAGCGCCGGCAACCCUACGGUGGAGGUUUAUCCUUAUCGCAGAGGUGCAAGGCGAUCAGCAACACGCCAGACCUGCAAGACGACGUGCGAUUCACAAAGCGACCACGAUCGAAGACACCUGCGAUAAAGAAGUCGCAAUCAGCAACGCCCACUGUCGAGCCUACGUACGAAGAGUGA